AUGAAGAACCCACGUUUUUCACACAUUGAGGCCAAACAAGAAAGGCCUUCUAAACAGUGGUGUAGACGCAAGUCGUCAUCGUUCGAAGACUCGCCUGACGACGAGAUCUCUGACACAGAAGCGACAGACUCUGCCGAAACAAGUAGUGAGCGAGAGGGCAACACACCAAAUGGGCAAAUGAUUUCGGAGUCUGAUGAUAAUCUGCUGAGCGAAAUUGCUCAAGAGUUUGACGGUGGCGAUGACACAGGGCCAAACGUAAGCGAGAAACUGACAUUGUCAACAAGCGUUGGGCUGAAAAGCUGGAUGAUUCAAAAUUUAAAUCCAAAUUGGAAAAAUACAAUAGACCAGCAAACUGCACUCGCCUCCUUGUCCCUAAGGUAAAUCCCGAAAUUUGGGCAAAUUUAAGCCACAACACAAAGAGUGCCGAUUUACGUAUCAUAAAUUUUCAAAAAACGCUCACGAAAGCUGGUAGCGCAUUGACUAAAAUUACAGAUUCCCUUUUAGAAUUGCGUACCAAACUCAGUAAGUCAGACACUGAACAACAGAAAACUCUGGGUGAGCUCUUUUCGGGUAAUGCUGAUGCAUUGGCGCUUUUAGGGCAUUUCAAUAUCAACCUGUCGCUGCAUCGCUGAGAGUUGAUUAAGCCUCAUUUGAAGAGGGAAUAUGGCGACACGAACACCGAUUACCGACUUUAUUUUUGGUGAUGAUCUACAAAGCCAACAUUCGAGUAUUACUGCAUCAAAUAAAAUUGGCCAAACAACAAGUGCCUUUGGCAGUGGCGCGACUCCUCGGCGCUAUUCUGACAGCCAUAAUAAGUCUUUUAAAGAUAAGUCUGUUUAUGGCAGUGCAAAGGAAGGGCGUAUCAUCCAUAUCAGUCCGCUCAAAAAAGCAAACCCCAGAGGCAGAAGUACCACAACAAGCCGAAAAAUUAAAGCCAGAUGA